CGCGCGCGCGGCCGCCAUGGCGCCGUCGGUGCCGCUGCUGUGGGUGCUGCUGCCGGGGCUGGCGGCGCUGGAGCCGCUCAGCGUGGGCCUGGCCAUCGGCGUGGCCUCCGCCCUCACCGGAUACCUGUCCCACCCCAGGUUCUACUGCAGCUACGUGGAGUGCUGCCCCCGCGACGGGCCGCGCCUCAACGCCACCGCGCUGAAGGCGCAGCUGGACAGCAGGCUCUUCGGGCAGCACUUGGCCAAGGACGUGGUGCUGAAGGCGGUGCUGGGCUUCAGCAACAACCCGAGCCCCAAAAAGCCGCUGAUGCUGUCGCUGCACGGCUGGGCCGGCACCGGCAAGAACUUCCUCAGCCAGAUCCUGGCGGAGCACGUCCACCCCGCGGGACUGCGCAGCAAGUUCGUCCAUCUCUUCCUGGCCACCCUGCACUUCCCCCACCACGACCAGGUCAAGCUCUACAAGGAACAGCUGCAGAACUGGAUUCGGGGCAAUGUCAGUGCCUGCCCCUCCUCUGUCUUCAUUUUUGAUGAGAUGGACAAAAUGCAUCCAGGUGUUCCAACUCUUCCAGGUGGACUGUGGCACAGCAGCAUCAUCGACAGGAACCUCAUCGACUACUUUGUGCCCUUCCUGCCCCUGGAGCACAGGCACGUGAAGAUGUGUGUCAGGGCUGAGAUGGCCGCCCGCGGCUACGCUGUGGACGAGGACAUUGUGCAGGCGGUGGCCGAUGAGAUGACGUACUUCCCCAAGGAGCAGAAAAUCUACUCUGAUAAAGGCUGCAAGACUGUACAGGCCAAGCUGGAUAUUCAUGAAGACCUUGUGAUGGGAGAUGCGAGAGUCAGGGGUUGAUUUCCCCUUCCCUUCAAGUUUCCAAAGCGCUUUCAGAGCUUUUGGAAAUUUGUGUUAUUUGCACAUACGCUUUUUUACUGUUGCAGGGAGUAUGGUGAAAAUACCAGAGUGAGCUCUGUGGGCUUUGUAGCUUUUUUUGUGUGUUUCUGGGUUUGUUUUUGGUUUUUAACUUAACGUAUAGAAUCAUAGCAUCGUUUGGGUUGAAAGGGUCCUUAAAGAUUAUCUAGUGCCACCCUUUGCCAUGGGCAGGGACACUAUCCAUUAGAUCAGGUCACUCAGAGCCCCAUCCAACCUGGCCUUGAACCACUGUUCAUCCCUGAACAAUCCAUAUGUUGUCCUUUUAGUUUUCUUUUAAUCUGUAGAGAGUUUGAGUGUGACGCUCACACACUGCACUGGAUAGAGCCUCUCCUGCUUUAUUCUUCCAAGUGCUGGGACUAUGAAGUAUUUAAAUCCUCUUUCCACAAAAGCUAGACUAGAGCAAAGAAGAACAGAGGAAUUCUUCCGGGCAGUCAUUUUCCCUUGCAUGUGCAUGGUCCUGUUCAUGUUCAUAUUGAAUUGGAGGGAUGUGUGGUGUGUCCAGGGCUAUGAUCACGUUUGCAAGGGCGAACUCCUUGAUGCACUGCAGUAAGAAGAUGAUAUACUGGAAGUCUUCCUGUCCUUCCAGUAGAUGGAUGCUGUUGUGGCUUCUACAAACAAGCAUUUCAGGGACAGAAGGGCACAAGUACAGUUAAUGGCUGAGCUGUGGCACUAUCCCAGAUAUCCUGCCACAGAAAUAAUGAGUCAUAAUGAGCUCCAGCAAAUCUGUUAUUAAAUAAUAGAGGAUGUGGGGAGGGGAAGUAACUGCCCCAUGUUUCUUUGGGGAGAAAGAAAUUAUUAGAGAAGCUUUAUAUUCCUCAAGGGAUUUAAGUGAAUUUGUGACUCCAGGUCUUCCUAAGGAGAGGGACCCAUCUGAGGUAUUUGUUACAACAUACUAGGCCAGUCUCCUGUUCUUAAUCAAAAAAAGGUCUCAUGAAGAUUUGACUACAGCUUGAUUACAGCUUUCCAGGUAAAUCUGCACAUUGGCUCCUGGGCUGAAUCUGUAACAUCUUUAGUAGUCCCUCUGAGCUGCACCCACUGGUUGAGGUGUAGGUAAUGCUACUCUCACCUUACUUGGAAGACACUUUGAUGGAAGAAGUUAUUUUUCAUAGCAUAUUUUUUAUGCUGAAGUAUAAGCAACAGUCCCCUACCUCACUAGUUAAGUAUGUUUUAUAGUAGCUUUUGACAUUAGAGAAUGCCUAUGUGAAAGGGUGAGUGAUGAGUUAAGAAGCUGGGAAAGAUCGAUUUAACCUUCACCCACUGGGAAGGCUGGUUUUAAAACCCUGUUGCAACCUUUAACUCCUUCAUCACCCAUCAUUUGUGGAUCAAAGAAUGUAGUGCAAGACAGAAGUGCCUUUCACUUGGUUGAUUGUACUGUGGCUUUUGAACUGGUACGAGGGAUUGGGCUAUUUUUGUGCUGCAGCAUCUACUCCCUCACUUGGACUUAAACUUCCUUUAAGAGGUGUUGCGAAAUUACAGGUCUCAUUGCAAUUAUGUUAAUUCAAAUCACAGCCGAGGGCUUAGCAUUUAUGUUAAGCCCUAAAUGAAAAGUGUCAGUUGCCUUUUCCAAGCCCACGCGGAGUUUGUGAAAUGCUGGCAAACUGUUCCCACUGAUGCAGUCUCCAGAGCCAAAUUCUAGCGGGCUGUUAACCUUGGGACAUUGGACUGUCACUUUCCAGUGUGAUGUUCUGCCUGUUAACUGACUCAUAGUUGUGUAUGCUGCGUCCAGUUUCACUUACUCCAUAAAAUACUUGUGCCAUGUCAAAACACUAACUCCUGUACCGCAGUUGGAAUAAAACUUAAGUGACUUUUC